AUGAAGGCGAAACGCGUGAUGACCCGGCACGUCGUGACCCGCUGGUAUCGCGCACCGGAGCUGAUCUUGCUGCAAGACGAUUACACAGAGGCUAUCGACGUCUGGUCCGUCGGCUGCAUCUACGCGGAGCUGCUGCAGACGCUGGAGGGACCGAGUCACAUGGAUCGCGGGCCUCUGUUCCCUGGCACCUCGUGCUUUCCGCUGUCGCCGGACCGCAGGCACAGGCACGACCGCCUCUUCCACACUCGCGGCUCCACAGACCAGCUCAACGUCAUCUUCGAUAUCCUCGGCACCCCGAGCGAAGCCGAGGUCUCGCAGCUGACGCGCGCGGACGCGCGGGAUCACGUCCGCAGCUGCCCGCAGCGCAAGGGGUCCGGGCUCAGCAAGAGGCUGCCUUGGGCCACGACAGAGUCCCUGGACCUCCUCGCGCGCAUGCUCGUCUUUGCCCCGAAGAAACGCGUGGACGUGAACGGGGCUCUGCAGCACGGCCUCCUGGCUGGCAUCCGCCACGCCGACGCCGAGGUGGCCUCGCUGUCGGCGCGGCCGGUGACCCUGGAAUUCGACGAGCUGGGGGACCUGAGCGAGGGGCAGCUCCGCAGGUACAUAGGCGGGGAGGUGGGCAGGUUCCACCCUGCGGAGGGGCCGAGUUCCUGCGGGAUCUUGUGA